UCCUUCCCACAGGGGUCUCGCCAGGCCUGCUGCUCUGUUAAAGAGCUGGAUGUGUUCAGCAGAGCACAGGAGGUUAAAGUGGACCCUGACAAACCCCUGGAAGGGGUUCGGCUGGCUGCCCUGCAGGCAAGGAAGACUCUGUUGGUUCCCACCCCACGGCUGAGAACUGGGCUGUUCAAUAAGAUUGUUCCACCUUCCGGGGCAACCAAGGAGAUCCUGAGAAUAUGUGCUACAGCCCAAGGUAUAAAAGACUACAGCGUGCCUGUGGGUCUUGAUGGGAAAGCACAAGUGGACUUGGUUGUUGUAGGAUCAGUGGCUGUCUCUGAAAAAGGCUGGAGAAUUGGCAAAGGGGAAGGCUAUGCAGACAUGGAAUAUGCCAUGAUGGUGUCAAUGGGUGCAGUGCAGGAGGACACACCAGUAGUUACCAUUGUGCACGACUGUCAGGUGGUUGAUAUAGCAGAAGAGCUUCUGGAUGAUCAUGAUUUAACUGUGGAUUAUAUCCUCACCCCAACAAGAACUAUCCAGACUAACUGCAAACGGCCAAAACCUCGGGGGAUAUUGUGGCAUAAGGUCAGCUAUGAGAUGCUGGGAAAAAUUCCCAUCCUGAAGAGUCUUCGAUACAGAGAGAAGCAGGCUGGCAAGGACGUGACCCUCAGAGAUGAGCAUUCAGGCUUGGCAGAGGCCACCACACCAGUAAGCAAGAAGGUGAUGGCUGAAAACACGAGACCUCAGGCUGAGAUGGGCUCAGCUCAACCAGGACAAGGUUCUGUUGAAAGGGAUGCUUUGAGUCCUAGCUCAGAGGGAUCUGAUGUGAUGACUACUGUGUACGUGGGGAACAUAGCUCCCAGUGUCAGAGUGAGCGAGCUGAAAUGUGCUUUAAGGGAACUCCAUGCAGCUCCUUUCCAACUGAACUGGCAAGGAGCACAGCACAGGGCUUUUCUCCAUUACAAGGAUGAAGCAGCUGCAGAGAGGGCAGUGUCCUCUCUGAAAGGCUUGAGCCUUGGGGGCAAUACCCUGCGAGUUGAGCUGGCCAAGAAUCAGAGAAACAAAGGGCAAGUGGAAAACAAUAGUCAGAAAUGA